AUGCUAGCAGAUCUACAGGAGGCCGCAGAGUUUCCACUGAUAACUAGAAGAAUGUUAGCGAAACAGACUGUACCGCAAGUGGAGGUGGAAGUGGAGAUCCCCCGGGAAACCCCAAUCGGGCAGCCGCUGUCACGGGGGUCCGGAUCCGCCGGCCUCUCGGAUUUGGAGAAACAGACGAGGGUCUCGUGUCUCCUGAUAUUUCCGAGGUCAUCGUCUGAUAGAGGCCGUCAGAUGCCAGAGGGGUCCCGAUCCCGAUACCGAUGGGGACUUCGGUGA